AUGCGUCAAGUCGGGUCUGCUCUAUGGCCGAGGCUUAGAGCCGUGCAGGUAUAUGGAGCCAAUACUGGUGUAGGAAAGACAGUUGUCAGCACAUUGCUCUGCAAAGCUCUACGGAAGAGGCUACCAGAUUACAACGUGCAUUAUCUGAAACCAAUCUCUACUGGGCCACUCGACGACCAGGACAACCGUCAUAUAACACGAUACUCAAAAGACAUCACAUCGAAGACGCUACUUCAAUUUGACGACCCAGUCAGCCCUCAUAUUGCUGCCAGAAUCUCCAAGGAGCCGAUUGACGACCAGAGCAUCUUGACUCGUGUUUACGAGGAGCUGCUUGGGUAUGCCACAGGGAAGGAUGCUGUAGCCGUCGUCGAGACUGCUGGUGGUGUGCUCUCUCCAGCGCCUUCUGGAAAUGUACAGGCAGAUCUCUAUAGACCAUUGAGAUUGCCUACCUUACUCGUGGGUGACCACCGCUUGGGCGGCAUCGGCACGACCAUCUCGUCCUGGGAAUCACUUCAUGUCCGUGGCUACGAUGUGAACUCGGUCCUCGUCUUUGAGGAAUCGAGAUACGACAAUCACACAUAUCUGAAAGACUACUUCAAGGAGAGAGGGAUUCAAACACUCUCUUUGCCACCGCCUCCUGAGCUCAAAUCUUCUCAAGCAGACGAUGAGCAAUCUAUGAGAGAAUACUACGAAUCGGCCAGCAGCUCAUCUAACCUCGAACAAUGUAUUGACAAUAUCAUCCAGACUCAUGAUAAAAGGCUAUCUAGUCUACAAUCGCUGCCCAAGAGAGCUGACAGUAGCAUCUGGCAUCCUUUCAUGCAGCACACCGAAAGAUCAGAGCAGAAUAUUCUGGCCAUCGACUCGGCCUAUGGCGACUACUUCCAGACUCAUAACUCCAGUGGUUCUGGCUCGAAGGAAGGUAAUCAGCUGAAGCCUGCUUUUGAUGGUUCAGCAUCAUGGUGGACGCAAGGACUUGGCCACGGUAAUCCCACAUUGGCGCUUACUGCCGCACACGCCGCUGGUCGUUACGGCCAUGUCAUGUUUGCUGGUGCUGCACAUGAACCUGCUGUAUCGCUUUCGGAGACACUGCUCCAGAACAUUGGUAAUCCACGUCUUACAAAGACUUUCUUCACCGACAAUGGAAGCACUGGCAUGGAAGUCGCAGUCAAGAUGGGUCUCAAAGCAGCGAGCAAACGCUACGGCUGGUCCCCGGAUGAUGAGAUCUUGAUCCUCGGCCUCAAAGGCAGUUAUCAUGGCGACACCAUCGGCACCAUGGACCUCUCAGAACCGUCAACAUACAACAAGAAAGUCGAGUGGUACUCUGGUCGUGGCCACUGGUUUGACUUCCCUCUCGUCAAGAUGCAAGCAGGCAAAUGGAUUGUCGAGCCUCCUGCAGGUAUGGAGGAAGAGUUUGGCCCCGUCCGCUCCUUCUCUAGCCUCGACGAGAUCUUCGCACUUGCUGGCAGAAAGGCUGAUGCUGAGCGUUACGAGUCUUAUAUCAAAACUUCUCUCGAAGCUUUGACUGCAGAGGGCAAGAAGUUCGGUGCUCUUAUCAUGGAGCCAGUCAUUCUCGGUGCUGGCGGUAUGCUGUUCAGCGAUCCUCUCUUCCAACACGUAUUAGUGAAGGUUGCACGCGAGCAAUGCCCGGAGCUGUAUGGUAAUGCAGCAGCUACAUCAGACUCGGAGCUAGCAUGGAAGGGUAUUCCUGUCGUCUUUGAUGAAGUUUUCACUGGUCUGUACCGUCUCGGCCGUUUCAGCAGUUCGUCGUUUGUUGAUGUUCAGCCCGACAUUUCUGUUCAUGCCAAACUACUUACUGGCGGUCUCCUGCCGCUCUGUACUACUCUUGCUAGUGAGAGCAUCUUCGAGGCCUUCUUGAGUCCUGAGAAGUCUGAUGCCUUGCUCCAUGGUCACAGCUACACUGCACACGCCGUCGGCUGCGACAUUGCAAGGUACUCCCUCAAGACUAUGAAGGAGAUGGAUGAAGGCGCCACCUGGACUAGCUUCAAGUCUUCUUGGAGACAAGAAGACGAUAGCAAGCAAAACCUGUGGAGCAUGUGGUCGCAAGACUUUGUGCGCGACCUUUCGCUUAGAUCGAAUGUCGAGAGUGUGUUCGCUCUGGGCUCUGUUUUGGCGAUGUCGCUCAAGGAUCCUGCUGGCUCUGGUUAUACUUCCACAGCUGCGACUGGGCUGAGAGAUACGCUUCUCCACGAUUCGUCUUCGGAGAAUGCUAUUCACUCACGCGUGUUGGGCAAUGUUUUGUAUCUGAUGGCUAGCAUGACCACAACUCCGGACACAAUCGCAAGCAUCCAGAGAAAGGUACAGGCUGCAAUGAGAUAA